AAGGAGGAACGACAUUCAACCAGAGGGGGUAGGAUUGUGGACGGGCCACGCCCUUUCCCAGCCGUCGGUGUUCUGACGGGUCACCAUAUCUGACGGAACACCUGUCCCAAGCAGGGGGCGUUAACUGUUGCUGUGGCUUCCGGAAGAGAGCGCCCCGGUUGCUAUGGAGAUAAGUAAGUGACUGCAGGGACCAACCGGGACAUGGAGGACGUGCUGGAGCUGGGAGAGAGCCGGAGAGCCGGGGGCGCCAGGAUGGGACGUCGCGCUCGAGCUGCUCAGGACAACCAACAAGAUGAUGGAGACUCUUCCCGGAGCUCGGCCUCAAGAGAGGGCCCCCCGAAACCACUGCGGCAGGGAGGAUGGGCAGACGACUCCUCGGGGACCUCCAAGCUGGGAAAGCGUGGUGCGGAGGACGUGGAAGACAGCCGAUUGAGACGGCAAAGUCUGGAUGAGUCGGAUGAGGGUGAAGAUAUUCCGGUGAUUCCAGAUCUGGAGGAGGUUCAGGAGGAGGAUUUAGCCCAGCAAGUUGCUGCACCCCCCAGUGUUCAAGUAAAUCGAGUGAUGACCUAUAGAGACCUGGACAAUGAUCUUAUGAGACACGCCGCUUUCCAGACCCUGGAUGGAGACAUCGAUCUAAAACUCCUCACCAAAGUCUUGUCACCAGAAGGGGAAGUGAGAGAGGACGACGUGCACUGGGACUGGGAUUUGCUUUACACUGAAGUUUGCUCGGAGCUCCAGACGGAGUGGGAUGUGGGGAAGACGGAGGAUGAUGGCUUAGUCUGUUGACUGUAAAGAAAAGUUUAUUUUUCUUUGUACAUAUGCAAUAAACUUUAUUUUAUAUAUUUGUAGAAGGAA